UCAUCGUCCUUCUUCUUCCCAUUUUGAAAACUGCGAAACGUUCACGUUAAGAAGUUAUGUUACCAAGCAUCAACUAUAGAACUGAAAUACGACGAAUACAAAUAAUACGAAUAAGAAGUGGAAGUGAUUUUGUUGGGGCAUCAUCAAAUUAAGUUUUGAACAUUGCGAGAAUAUGCUCCCUAAAAGUAUGCAUCAUUGCGCAUUCUUAAUUAUAACAUUUUCAUUCUCGUACAUUUUGUGCAUACAAAAUGGUAAAACUGUUUCAUCGUCAUCAACAUCAUCAUCUUUAGUUGUUGACAAACUCAAGAGAAGACAUUUCGAUUCGCCGUCAUCUCGUCAAUCUUUCUUCCAACAAAACGAAUUCGACAAUUCAGAUAAUUUCCAACCAUCAAAUGUUCCGACAGGUUUUCGAUUUCCUGACAAACAUCAACAAUACAAUUCAAACAGUCCAAAUGAACUCCUGCCAUCAUCAUCAUCAUCAUCAUCAUUUGGAUACCAAAAUACUUAUCUAAACAAUAAUCAACGAGAAGUGGCAAAUACUAAUCAAGGAGGACUAAAUCCAUACAAUUUAGCCUUAAACACGGGAGAACAACAUUCAACCAAUAACGCUAAUAAUCUUAAUAAUUAUCCAUAUCAGCAACAGCAAAAUUCCAAUGCAAUUGCCAGCUUUACUCAACAUCAUCGAGACUCAUCGUCAAAUGUCCCAAAUGCAAAUGAUUUCUAUCUUUCUCAUCAACAACAUUUGAAUAACAAGAAUCCUUAUUAUCCCAUUCCACAACCAUCACAAGGAUAUCAGGAUGAUGGCUAUCAGCUAAUUCAACGAAGGCCCACUUAUGCACAGGCCUUUGGUAAUUAUUUGUUUAACGGCGGACAACCCAAUUACAACCGACCAAGACCAACUCCUCCAGCUCCACCUCCUUUGCAAGAAUCAUCUUAUAGUCCUUAUCAAGACGGAGGACGUUAUCCUUAUGACGAUCUAACAUCACCGUCUGGACCGUACUCAUCCCAUCAGUAUGCGAAUCAAUUUGGUAAUUUCGGCAAUGGCGGCGGUAGUGGUUUCGGACUACCAUCAUCGACGGCAACAACAACAAGUCCAACUAAUCCCUUGGGAAGCUUAUUAAACAGCAUUGGUGGACCGUUUGCUGGCGGAAAUCCUCUUAGUAUGCAAAUCAUUCGAGGAUUGGAGAAUAUUGCACGCAAUGACGAUUUGCAAUGUGUACCCAAGGUCCUCUGUCAAAUGCUUGGCUCUCCAUCCCGACGAGUUUUGUUGCCCAGCUUCAUUACAUCGCCGGUAUUAACAAGGUUUGUGGCAUCAUUACCUGCUCUAUCACCAGCACUUAUCUACGGAAGAGCAGCGCUACUCGGUCUCAGUGGUGGAGAGUACAGUUGUGCUCGAACUUACAACAAAUGUCCACAAAAUGAGGAUGACAUUUUAUUUUAUCUCAACAAUCAUCGCGGAGGUUUCUUUAAGUUUUUCAGCGAACCUGAUACCAGUCAGGAUAAUAUUGAGCAUCAAUACACAACUCAGCCACCAUUUUACCAACAACAAUCGGCAGAACCAUCAAUUUUUAAUUUCCUGACAGGACUUGGUCCCACAUCCUCCACAUCCACAUCCACCUCAACCAACAGCAACACUAAUCAAGGAAACGUGAAUUCUUUUAUGAGUGAAGCCGUAACGAAUGGAAUUGGUAGUCUUUUCGGAAACAUCCUUUCAGGUUUCUUGAAUGGACAAGGACAAGCAACAAGACGUAAGGAUGACGUAGUUGACAUUGAUGUGGACGAUGAUGAUAAAAACUCAGAAAAAUAUUCUGAUUUAAUUGAAUCAAAUUCCACAACAAAAUCGAAUCCUUCUGAUGAACAAGUAGAAGGGAGGAUACUUAACAAUAAAAGCAAUAUCCUUGCUGCCUAUGCUGACGAACCUUCUUCUUCUUCACAAAACGAUAAUCCAAUAAGUUUUCCCCCAGAAAAUAGCAAUGACAAUUACGAAACUCAACAAUUCCAAUCGGAAUUUCGAUUCCCUAAUACUCCUCCUUCUAGGGAUUCGGUUGAGGAAGAAAAUUCAUCAGAUUCUCGUAGGGGCAAGAGGGUGAAUUUUAUUGAUGAUGAUUCUCAUCGUCCUUAUUCGUAUGCCAACGAUGCCGAUGGUGGAACGAAAAUGAUUUUUCCUGAUCGAACUGGUACUGGAAAUUUACGAUUUGACAAUGAUGAAUAUUUUCGGGUUGGGAAAAUCCUUAAUCGUCGUCGUCCUUCUGAUUAUAAUCGUGGUUUUAGGGAACAAGAUGAAUAUAGAAAAACGACGACAACUACAAAAAGGCCUACAAAUUAUUAUUCAUCAAGUCAGAAUUCAGGAAGUUAUAACCGAUAUUCAUCGAGUAACUAUUACAGGCAAGAUUAUAAUCAGAAUCAACAAAACCAAGAUGAUAAAGAAGAUACUUCGGGGAAUGUUUAUGUGACAAAUGGACAAGGAGUUAUUGAGUACUAUAUUAAUGCGAGUGGGAAGAAAAUUUAUGUUUAAAAGAAAAGAAUUUUUUUAAUUUCUUAUUUUAAAAUUUAAAAACGAAUUUGUAUAAGAAAAUAGACAAAACUAAUCUAGUCGUUAAUUUGUAAAUAUUUAUAGAACAGUUUUUAAUAUAAAAUAAAAAAUGGUU